AUGGCGAGCUCAAAGAGGAUCUCAAAGGAGCUCGCCGAAUUGACAAAAGAGCCCCUCGACGGCAUCACCGUAGCAGCCGACGACUCUAACAUCUACCAGUGGACUGCCAUCGUCGAAGGACCGUCGGACUCACCCUACAAAGGAGGACACUUUAAACUCGCAGUAGACUUUCCCGUAGAGUACCCCUUCAAGGGACCUAAAGUCAAGUUUUUGACCAAGAUCUACCACCCCAACAUCGAUGCCGAUGGGAACCUCUGCUUGGGCAUUUUGAAAAGCGAAGCUUGGAAGCCCAGCACAAAGGCUGCCACCGUGCUCCAGUCGAUCCGACAGCUGUUAGAAGAGCCCAAUCCAGACGACGCCCUUGUCGCUUCAAUUGCCGAAAAGUACAAGACAGAUCGUGCAGGGUACAAUAAGGCUGCCGCCGACUACACGAAACAGCACGCCAAGAAGGCUUGA